AUGCGUUUCCAAUAUACAUCUGAGCAGCUGCUCAGAUUACGGGACUCACCUCUGGUGUGCAAACCAGAAAAUCUUCCUCCAAUUGAGGAAUGGAUGGGGCCACCUCCAGAGCCUACCCCGCGAAAGCCUUCGAUGCAUCGAGCACGCACGGACGAUGCCACAGCCUUUGGAGACAGUCCUAAUCGAAGACCACCCAUGUUUUCCCGCGGCCAGAGUGCAGUUCCGGACGAUAUUGUUCUUGGCCCGCCUAAAACCUCCUUUGCUUCAGCGACGUCUAUGCGCAAUUUUGGAAAGUCGACCGAUUCCCCGGAAAGGUCAUUGAUAGCUUCGAUUGACGAUGACACCCCGAGAAACGACAGAUAUAACUUGAGAGAGAAGUUCUUCAAGGAGCGAGAGAAGUUAGACAGAGAUAACGAGAAACCACCUCGAGAGUUGCGGUCAGGCUUCUCAAAUAACCGCAGAGUUGCGAGAGAGGAUGGGGACAACUGGUCUGGUCUAGGACGAUCGCGCGGCCUCGGUCAAGAAGAUACGGAACGCUUUUCUAGGAGGAAUGGUGAACGAGACCGAGAAGGGUCUACCCCUUUCAGAGAACGAGGCCCAAGACAGCAUGAAGGCUAUGGAAAAGAUCGAGAUGAUGCGGACCGUGAACACCAGCCGCGUCGCACUGGAUUUGGCAGGGGCAGGAAUGAACCAUCAUGGUUUAAAGAUGACAACGCUCAGGGUACGAGGGAUAAAGAAGGAAUCAAAGAGAGCGUGCGGGAUCGCGAAUGGAGAGACAGAGAUCGACGUGAUGACAGAGAGUGGAUAAAGGGCACACGGGUGGAUCGCGCGGAUCGCGCAGAGCACAAUCCCGAAUGGAUGGAGACCUCAACUCCGUUUGAAAAGAAGCAGACGCACACUCAGGAAGACUUGCAGAAAUGGAAAGAGCGCAUGAAGGCUAGUGCUGCCUCUGCGACCAGCACACCCAAGGAAGAAGUCGAACAGCAAUCAAUCUUACCGGAGCGUCCAGCUUCUGGAUUGGUCAAAGGCGACAUUGCGAAGCCGGACAGCCCGAUCAUCAUGGACAACUCGUUUGAUAAAUUCCUUGGUUUAUGGAAUGAACCGACCAAGCGAGCAGAAAGUGCGUCUUCGGAGAGUUCCCCAGCACUUGCGAAGAAAGAGACCAAAGGAGGAAAGGCUUCUAGAUUUACGUCCUUUUUUGCCCCACAAGACGAUGUACCAUACCGGGCGAGCGAGCAACCGUCCUUGGCUGCCUCUCCUUCUGUUCAAAAAGACGAAUCUUCCAGCGAAGACAAGCAAGCAUUUCAGCGGAUAUUGCAAAUGCUAGGUGGAUCAAGCAUUAACUCGGGAACAUCCACCCCACAUGGACCUCCUCCGGGGCCAGCAGACGACUCAUCCCAGCCGCUGUCCGCAUCUGCAGUUUCUCCCACUCGGCCGCCGCCAGGCUUGCAGAGCCUCUUUUCUCAUUCUCGUCAAUCCAGUGGUGCCAUCAACCCCAAGGGAGCCGGAUCACAGCCAUCGCGAGGCAGCACUCCGGCCAACAAAGACAGCGAAUUCCUGCUCAAGCUUAUGCAGCAGUCACGCAGCCCUCCGGCUGUUUCUGAGCAGUCACCUCCGGCCUUUAGAGGAGUAGGAGUAGGAGGACCGCCGCAGCCUCUGGAUUUACAAGGAGCACAGCGUCCCAUGGAUGACGUGGCUAAAUCCUCCAAAUCCCCUGGUGGCUUUCCACUACCUCUUUUUGAUCAACUUCAGGGUCAUCAUCGUCCUCCUCCUCCUCCAUCAUCAGAGCGCCGCGACAUUAACGAAAACGUGGCGGAUGGUGCACGCAAAAAGGGCCCUCCAGGUCCGCCACCUGGGUUCUUCGACGAUCCUCUUGCAGGCUUCGCCAGACGUCCGCCAAUAGACUCUCCUCAGCGUGGCCCAAGCAUCCCACCUCCUCCGGGUCUCCAACGGCCACCAGGUCUUGACAACAUGCCACCUCAGCCUAACUGGCAGGGCAAUCCUUUGCCACCGCCGCAACAAGGUAUUGCCCCGCCGCCUGGAUUUGGAAUCUCGGCAAUGCGUGGCCCCAAUCCUUUUCCCCCAUCAGGAAUCAUGCCUCACCCUCCUCCUCCGCCGCCCAAUAUGCCCAUGUUUGGCAAUGAACGAGGCGCUGGCCCUGUCCCUGUCCCUGUCCCUGUCCCUGGACCCGGACCCGGCCCCGGUCCAGCCAAUGCCGGUGGACCCCUCCCCCAUCCAAACAUGCCCCCGCCCCCUCUUGGCUUCUUUGGAAUCAACGGACCCCUCCCGCCAGGAUUCCCGCCCAUUCCACCUUACAGCCCUGAAGGUCUAAUGGGCCUUUCCGGACCCGCAGGUCUUCCUGCCGGCAAUGGUCGACGACCUCCUUUUGAUAUGUUUGCCGAUGUUGGACCCGCCGCUGGCGUCAACGGGCGCGGUGCUCCUCCAGAUAUCAUCAGUAGGUAUAAUACUUUGGCGCCACCUUAA